ACUGCGCAAGUGGCCGAACAGAAGUAGGCGGCUAAAGACAAGAAAAUUUAAAGCGUUCAGACGUUAGAACUACUUUAUACAAGCUAAAUAUAAACUAAAACAAAGAUAAAUUCAAAAACGUGAAAACACUGAGAAGUUAGUAAGCAUAUCAUAUCAAAUAGCUGCAUUUGACAGAAGCGACAACAACAAACAAAGAAAACAGCCUCUAGCAACUCGGUCUCAGUGCAGAUUAGUGGCCUGGCUGUUGAUGUACUGCGCAUUAAGCAUAUUUUUACCUACAUAUUUUAUAAGUAACACGACUGGUCGAAAGCGAGUUCAUGCGCAUUAACAAAGUGUUUGUGCAAAAUUGUUAAUUUCAAACCUUUGGCAUCCGGUAUUAUAGUGUAGUGCUCGAAUGCAACAUAAAAUAGUGCAGUGCUGUCAACGUGAACGUUGACGCCCACAGAAGCCGCUACGCGGUGUAGUGCAACAAUACGCAAGUUGAUAUAAGGGGCGCAUAACUUUGGCACAAAUAUUGGACAUGACAAAAGAUUAGAGGAAUAGACCAGAAGACAGUCCAAGACACAACCCAUUCACCGCCAUAGGUAGGAAAGAUAGCGCACAGCACAGAUAACAACCGGAGAUAUCAGAAGAAGAGGAGGCAGCGACAAUGAACGCCAGCAGCAGUUUCCUUGAAGAACACUUCGCCAUGAUCUAUUCAAAUCUCAUAAAUAAUUACAUGCCCGACUACUUCAAAAGUUUUGAAUACACACCAUGGGUUUUCUCACUUUUGGGCUCCGUCGUGAUCGGAUUGAGCGGCAUAUUCCCAUUGUUUAUCAUACCCACAGAUGAGAAAAUGAAGAAGGACGGAUAUAAAGAUCCUGCUGAAUCCAAAUUUUUGCGGAUAUUGCUCAGUUUUGCCGUUGGCGGAUUGCUGGGCGAUGUUUUUCUGCAUUUACUGCCAGAGGCUUGGGAGGGCGACCAUCAAGAACCCUCCAGUCAUCCUUCAUUACGUUCCGGCCUUUGGGUUCUAUCGGGCAUUCUCAUUUUCACCAUAGUCGAAAAAAUCUUUUCGGGCUAUACAAACGCGGACGAGGAGAAUCCACAGCCCAAAUGUGUAGAGAUCGCCAACUGUUUGUUGCGUCGCCAUGGUGGCAAGCUGCCCGAUGGUCAGACGGCAGAUAGUUGUGGUACCUGCGACAUUGAGGAUGUGGACAAAGUGUGCUUUCUGCGUGAGCGCGAAAUCAAAGCCAAGGAGCAAAAGGAGCAGCCCAAAAAGGUGGCCGGCUAUUUAAAUUUGUUGGCCAAUUCGAUUGACAAUUUUACACAUGGCCUGGCGGUCGCCGGAUCGUUUUUGGUGUCGUUCAGGCAUGGAAUUCUGGCCACUUUUGCGAUAUUGCUGCAUGAAAUCCCUCAUGAAGUCGGCGACUUUGCCAUUUUGCUGCGAUCUGGCUUCAGUCGUUGGGAUGCGGCGCGUGCUCAGCUCUUAACGGCAGGUGCUGGACUUCUGGGUGCUCUGGUAGCCAUUGGUGGCUCAGGCGUGACAUCCGCCAUGGAGGCUCGCACAUCCUGGAUCAUGCCCUUCACCGCCGGUGGUUUCCUGCACAUUGCGCUAGUCACAGUAUUACCUGAUCUCUUGAAAGAGGAGGAUCGCAAGGAGUCCGUUAAGCAAUUAUUGGCACUGGUCUUUGGUAUAGCGCUAAUGGCAAUCAUGACUACGCUCUUUGAACACUAGAUCCUUUUGCGCAGGCAGCGUAUAUUGAGAAAAAAGCAAAGCACUUUGGCGUCCACAAAUUAUCAGUUUCAUGUUUCGUUUUAAUCGAGGCUGAGUAGCUUAUGCUAUCGAAAUUUUCAUGUACAUUAGCAGUAAAAAAGUUUUUUCAUAUUUUCAAAAGUUUAUAAAAUGAAGUAUUCGGGUUUUCGUGCCACUCGCUAUAUUUCAUUGCAUAUUGUUGUACAUUAUGACGUUCUGAUGCGCCCUCUUUGUGUGUUAUGUAAUUAUAGCCAACUAAAACGAAUGAUAUUUGAACUAUUGUUAUUAAUUAUUAUAAUAUACCAUAUAAAGUAAUAUUGUAUAGAAAAAAGUGAAAAUAUAAGCAAACAUACGUACUUCUUUUUUAAGAAAA